AUGGCGGCCUGGCGGGUCCCGGUGUCCGCCGGCGCUGCGCUCGGGAGGCAGCCGUCCGCCGCCCCGCCGCCAGAACCGCCCCGGGUCGGAGAAGCGUUCCGACAGCGCCUCAGCUUCACCCUCUGCUCCGCUUCGCAGGGAGACCGCAGCGGCUCCGGGCCCGACUCGCAAGGCGGGCCGGAGGGAGCAGCGAGGCGUCCGGCGAGCAAAGAGUUAACAGCAGCGGAGCGGAAGAUCUCGGAGCUUCACGCCGCCGCCUGCGCGGCUGGCCGGCUGAACUACGUGGGCCCAGCUACCGGCUACAUUGUGCUCACCCAGCUGGCCCACUUGCAGAGAGGCAGAUGCUGCGUCUCUACCUGCAGACACGCUACUCUGGCCAUGGACAGUGAAGUCCUUAAGACCAACAGAGGACCUUUAAAGUGAAUGGAAUUUUGUAACGUUUCAUCGUGAGCAUCAGUUCCUUGAAACGCUGUGUUUGGAAAUUCAUGGGAGUUCUUUAUUACGAGGAAACUUUUCACGAGGUUUCAAUGUCCAUAUGGUCAAGUCAAUGUUAAAGAUCCAUCCAAAAAGAAGCAAUUCAAUUCAUAUUUUUAUGUUUGAGAAGAAUUUCAUUUCUGUUCUCCAUCUAAUUGAGCCUUAUUAAAAAAAUAAAUAAAACCUUAAUCCAGAAUUGCUUUCUGUGCUGUUAGUACCUGAGCACUAGUUUAAUCUUAAACUUAAGCAUCUAUUAAUCUUAAUCUUAAAUGUGUAUUAAAAGAACAUCAAUAAAAUGAAAA